ACACAGCUCUGGUAUCUUCCAUAUCGGCCUCGCAUUUCAUAUUUAAAUGCCCAUCUUUCUCUCUUCUCCUCAUCGCAUCAUUUCUUGAAUUUCAUCAGAAUUAUUAUCUUUCAAAGCGUUUAUUUGCUCUGCAUUUUGUACUGCGAUUCACGGACCUGAGUUGUGAGGCGUGAGAAGAGAUGGAUCCCCUGUUAAGCACCGUUCAUCAAUUGCUAGGUGUUCCCGAUGAAAUGGAGAAGCUUCUCAACAAUCCUACGCGUACUUAUGUUCGGGACACAAAGGCCAUGGCUUCUACUCCUGUUGAUGUCAAGGAGUAUCCUAACUCCUAUGUCUUCAUAAUCGACAUGCCGGGCCUUAAAAACAAGGACAUCAAGGUUCAGGUUGAGGACGAGAAUGUGCUGACAAUCAGCGGCGAGCGAAAGAGGGAGGAGGAGCAGGAUGUAAAAUACACCCGAAUGGAGCGCAGGGUCGGUAAAUUUAUGCGCAAAUUUACUCUGCCAGAUGACUCUAACACGGAGGGCAUUUCUGCUACCUGUCACGAUGGAGUGCUUAGUGUGACUGUUCUCAAGCUUCCUCCUCCCGAGCCCAAGAAACCCAAGACUAUUGAAGUUAACAUUGCCUAAGCUCCCUGUUUUCCCCUCUCUGUGCUGUAUAACAGCCAUAUAUAGAAAUAUUAUGCCUGUGUUUGAGAUGGAGUACAUCCGAAUAUAAUGCUUAGGAUUUACUUGAGUUCUCGUCCCCGGAUUUAACGAGAUAGAACUCAUUUUCUACGAAGGCUAAAUUUUCGUCUGUUAGUGCACCUGUCUUUCUGCAAUUGUUCUGUAAUUGAAAAGCUUUUGAUGCGAUUUAAGAAAAAUGUUAAAUCAUUACAGUGGAAGUUUAAUUUUUUUGUCUGUCA